CUGAAGAGUUUGAUGAAUCAUGUCUUGUUUCUACUAUAGGACAUAGUCCUUGUCUUAUGUUCUGGAGGUGUUUCUCAUGGCAUGGGUUAGGAUCUAUAGUUCCUAUUCAUAGUACUAUAAAUAGUGAAGUUUAUACUAAACUUAUAAGAAGAUAUACUAUUUCUGCUAUACAUCAAUUAGUACCUAAUGGACAAGACUUACUUACAAGCAUUAAGGACUUGAAAAUUAAAGUUAAAGCUGCCUGGUAUUCGAUUUCACCUAAAUGUUAUUACAAGUUAUCUAAUAGUAUAAUUAGACAAGUAAAAGCAUGUUAUAGUGCUAAUGGUAGGCCAAUUGAUUUCUGA